AUGACGAAUCUUUUGGCUUUGGGUCUUGUCUUGAGCACUUUACUAGCGGCGGAGGUAUGGUCUCCGAGCCCCGCCAUGACCACUCAACCGACGGCGUCGGAGGGAGAAGUUAUCGUCAAAGACGGCCACCGCGUAGUGGUGGUUGAGUACGAUCGCGACGGAAAAACCAACACCAGAGUCUCGUUCUCGCCGCCGUCGGCAGAUCAAGGAGAAGAAGAAGAAGACAAUGAAACCAAUUUGUUUAGAAAUGCCAAAGAGAAGGCAAAAGAAACGGCGUCGUAUUUCCCAAACGUCGGGCAAGGGAUCUCUCAGCCGAUGGUGACAGAGGAGUCGCGUGAUCACCAUGCUACUGCUGGGGAAGUCAUAUGCGACGCGUUCGGAAAGUGCAGGCGGAAGAUCGCGAGUGUGGUUGGUAAGGCUAAAGACCAUACGGCCGAUACCAUCGAUGACGUCGGCGAGACGAUCUCCGAUGCCGGAGACGCUGCGACGGGUAAGGCUCAUGAUGUGAAGGAAACGGUUGCACGUGCGGCACGUGAUGGGGAAGAAGCGGUGGCUGAUAAAGCCCAAUAUGCUAAAGAGAAGGUGAAAGAAAAAGCACAUGAUGUGAAGGAGAGUGUGGCGGAUAAAGCCAAAGAUGCUAAAGAGAAGGUGAUCGAGAAGGCGCAUGACGUGAAGGAGACGAUGGCUCAUAAAGUCCAUGAAUCGAAGGAGAGGGCGAAAGAUAGAGUGAGGGAGAAGGCAGAGGAAUUGAAGAAAAGGGCGGCUCAGAAGUCGCAAAACGCGUGGGAGAGAGUCAAGACGGCGGCGCGUGGAUACGGUUCAGCCACAGCGGCGGCUCUAAGUCCGACGAAGAUAGCGAGCGUGGUGGGUCUGAUUUCGAUUGCGGCUUCUUUUGGGACUUGCGUGUGGGUGACGUUUGUCUCGAGCUACGUGUUAGCCUCGGUUUUGGGGAGGCAACAGUUUGGUGUGGUGCAAAGCAAGCUGUAUCCUGUUUACUUCAAGACGAGCUCUGUCGGAAUCCUGGUUGGUUUGCUUGGUCACGUGCUUAGCCGGCGCCGGAGACUCCUCACUGACGGGACGGAGAUGUGGCAAGGUGUUAACCUCUUGGCGUCUUUCUUUAUGAUCGAGGCUAAUAAGUCAUUUGUCGAGCCACGUGCCACCAAGGCAAUGUUUGAGAGGAUGAAGGCGGAGAAGGAAGAAGCAAGAGGAGGAGAGAGGACGAACAACGAGCAGGAGGUGAGGAGGAAACUGGAGAAGCUGAGUGAGAGGCUGAGCAAGCUCAACACAUACUCGUCUUGGUUGAAUAUAUUGACGCUCAUGUCUCUGACCUGGCACUUUGUUUAUCUCGGCCAGAGACUCGGAGCCGCCGCUUGUUGA